CAUUUUCUUGUUUCUUUAUCUUGCCUUCUCUUCUUUUUUUUCAAUAAUCGUUAUUCAAAUACUAUUUCUUUCUUCCCCUUCUACUUGCUUCUUGUAAAUGUAUAACAUCCCAAUGAUGUCUCCGCCACACGAGCCAAAAGCCUGUGGGUGUUUGUCUCUUAGAGCCGGAUGCGUUGUCAUUUGCUUUAUUUGGGCGGCAUUCUCAAUGUAUUUGGCAGUACUAUCAUUCCAAAAUCAGAGUUUAUUUUAUUCUUAUUUGGCACAAGCUCCCAUCAUGGUAUAUGGCGUAUGCAAUCUUAUUUUGUCCAUAGUAUCUAUGGGCGGCAUUGCCGUGCUGGCUAUUAAUGUUAGUGCAUAUGUCCAGACCCUUUCCCAUUCAAUCUUCGUCUGCGUAUUUCUCGUUCUGGUUGAUGGAUUCGUUAAUGUCAUCCUGUUCAUCACAAGUCAAUCUGCCUUUUAUAACUGGUGUGUAGACUCUUCAUCACAAACAAUCACAGAAACAGUUAACGCCACUCUUAUUGAAACCAACAAUACUCUCAACUUUGAUUUCUCAAACUCUGACUAUUACAAUUGCCAUAAUCUUUGGCAGGAUGAAUUGAAAUUUGGUAUCAUUUUUUACAUCUUAAUGUUUGCUUUCUACAUUUAUUGGGCGUUAUGCAUUUAUAGAUGUUCUCUUUAUAGAAGAGAGUAUCAAACCUCUGCUGACUUUGCUCAUUAUCGCGAAGGCAUGCCCAUGAUGACCGGUGCCAAUGUAAAUAUACCACAAGCUGCCAUAAUCAACGGAAACCCAAAUCUCCCUCCUGGUGCGACUUUCCCCAAUGACCGAAGCAUCAUUGUUUUAAACAACCAAAAGCCACGAUCAAAAUCUAACAAAAAGAAGGAAGCCUUCUCAUUUAGAAACAUUAAAAAAUCUAUUGUCACCCCUUCAACAGUUUCGCCCAUGCAUGAUCAGUUACAUGUGCCCUUUAGUGACACCUCAAGACGGGACUCACAAUUCACCAUUGGCUUCCGGUUAGGCCCUGAUGGUAACAUCAUCGAUAUUGAGAAUGCUCCUUCUCCAACUCCAACAUAUAUAAACGGAGCGGCGAUAAUUGAUAACCAACAACAACAGUUAAAACGUAAACCAAUAACUAAAGAAGAUCAUCAUAACCAGUAUCACGAUGGCAAUGACGAAGGAUAUUACUAAAUUAACAUUCAAAUAUUCCCAAACAAUUCCCUCUUCCCCUUCAUCAUAUAUACAUAUAUAUUUAAAAUAAAUAAAUGCAUUGUAACUACGUAAUAAAAAA